AACAUCAAAAACAACAGUCGACACGACACGGCACGGCACAUGCUCGCUGUUUGUUGCUUGGUGAUCACACUGCAUUGAAGAUGACGAAAAUUAGAACACGGGUUAAAGGGAAGGGAAAACGAUGGUUGAAAGGCCAGAGUUCUAUCUCAAACCCAGAAUCAAAGAAGUUUCGUGAUGCUGCUCGGUCAAGAUUCUUCCAGGAAAAUUUAGCGACUGAGAGCAAAUUGACUUCUGAUGCCCUGCGCAAACAUGACGCCUUCAUGGGAACAAAGCCCGAACCUUUGGAGGUGGAUGGGGAAGAAAGUGAGACGGCUUACUCAGCAUCAGGAAAGUCUUUUAAGACCUUCCAAACUUUUGCAAGCGAUUGGAGCUCCUGUUCUAACGUUUCCUUUUCUAAGUUUUUGAAUCAAUUCACUUCAAACUCAGCAUUGCACAAAGAAAUGCUCGCAGUUCUUGCUGCCAUCACAGAGGUUAUCAAAAGUAAUGGUGGCUCAGAAUCAUCAACAGAGUACUUCGCUGCCUUGAUGACAAGCCUUGGUGUGAGUGAGUCUGAGGACUCUUUGGGUGCAGUUUUAACACUGCUCGGAAUGGGCAUUAAAAGCGUUCCUGAAAAUGUACUAAAAAAGAAAUUUUCAGAAGCGUCUAAAACUUUCAUGGACCUCUUGAUUCGCUUCGCUGAAUCUGAUAAUCAUGUUAUACUACGAUCCGUGAUUGGAUGCUUGAGUGUCCUCCUUCGCAGUCAAGAAGCAGUGGUUUGGAAAAACUCAUCCACUGUUCAGGUGCUGGAUUCCAUCCUAGCUUUCACCACACAUUCAAAGCCCAAGAUUCGUAAAGCAGCACAUCAUGCAGUUUGUGUCAUUUUGAAGUCAGAGACUGAUUCCUCCAAGAGUGAUAGUCACCCAGCUGCACCUCAUGUGGCUAAAUUUUGUGUUAGAUCCCUUGAAAAUUCUGUUGGAUCCGCGGCAUCGCAGACUAUCCUUCUACACACUCUAGUUCUUGUCAAAGAAACUAUUUCAACCUUUCCUAAGCAGCAUCUCAAAACUGUUGCAGAGACCGUCUUGAAAGUGAUGACCUUGAACAAUGUGUUGGUCAGCUCUUGUGGGAUGCAGGCACUUCAUUCUCUUUUUGUGUCUCGACCAUCUGCCGUUAUCCUGCCUGCAACUCUCAAUGCACAACUUAUUUCAGCUUUGUAUGAUUAUCAACCUCCUGUGUCAGAUGCGCAGCCAACUCUCGCAUGGCUAGCAGUGAUGCAAGAGGCCCACGUUAAUCUGGGAAAACAAGAUCUCUCUAUGUGUUGUGCUCAUUUACCAAAACUCUUCACCACAGUGUCUCAAAUUUGGUUGUCGGACAAGCCAGAUAUUCUCAGCAAUGCAACACAUGCUCUUUCUGCUGUUAUUAGUGACUGUCUUAAAGAAGCAGCUGCUCCAGCUGUUGUUGAGCGGUAUUCCACAACCAUAUCAAAGGUCUUUAGUGUUCUGCAGGAUGGUUUGAAAUAUCAAUACCACAGUGCAUGGAAACAUGUAAUUCACCUUCUAGCUGCCUUCUUUGAGCAUUGUGGUCCAACCUGUGAAAGCCUAGUCAUCCCCUGCAUUUCAGCUUUGGGUGAACUUCAAGACUCAUACCAGUUCACUUGUGUUCAUGAAGUAGACCAUGCUCUUGGAAAGGCUGUUCAAUUCAUGGGCCCAAAGGCUGUCUUGAAAGCUAUUCCUCUGCAGGUUACUGGUGCAGAGGUAAACAGCCAAAUUAAGCGUAGUUGGCUUCUCCCCAUUCUCAGAGAAUCAAUACGCGAUACACAAUUGAGCUUCUUCGUAGAAUACUUCCUUCCAUUGGCAGGCGUCAGUUGGAAGACAUCCAAGGAUCUUGCAGCUCAAGGAAGGAAAGCAGAGUCAGUGGUGUAUGAACUUUUCCAAGCUCAAGUUUGGGCUUUGCUACCCAGCUUCUGCAAUCACGCCACUGAUAUUAAGGAUUCUUUCAAGAGUCUUGCCAAAAUUCUUGGUACCUUGAUUACUGACCGCAAAGACUUGCGUCUCUCUGUAAUGACUGCACUUCGGAGGCUGAUUAUUCACAGUCAAGAGGGCGAACCAUCAUCAAAAAAAGAGGAAGAUUUGCGUGAACUGGGUCGGUUUGCCAAAAAUUACUUGCCUAUUCUGUUCAAUCUGUACACCACUAAAACUAAUGGCUCUGAAGAGGAGGGCCAUCGCCUUUCUGCAUUUGAAACAAUCAAGGUUUACUUGUCAAUAGCUGAUCCAGUCUUGCAAAAUGAGCUUUUUGUUAAAGCUUUCCAGAAGCUGAAAAGUGGUGUUGUUGACAAGUUUGUCAAAGAAAGUGUUAUGGAUCUGUUGAGGAUUCUUGUUCCUUACCAGAGCUCUGAAAAUAUUUUAACAUUGUACAGUCUUAUUAAGGAGGGAAUUGCUGAUUCUAAGAAUAGCCGUCUCCAAAAGAAAUCUUACAGGCUGCUUGAAAUUUUGUGUUCCUCUUCCUCAGAAACUUGUAUUUCUUUCCAAAAUGAAAAUAUUCAGGAUGUUCAGAAGCUUCUGUUGCAGUCGUUAUCAUCAUCAGCCACUAGCAGUCGUGGUGCCCGAUUACGUUGCUUGAUUCACCUUGUACGAAGAUUACCGGCCUCAAAAUUCAACAUUAUUAAGCUGAUUGUCCCUGAAGCUGUUCUAUGUGUGAAAGACAUUAAUGAACGUUGUCGACAGGCUGCUUUUGCCCUCCUCCAUGAACUAGGAUUGACCAUGUUUAGGUGGCAAGAGGAAGAGGUUGGCCCUGACAAUGCUGUCACUGUGGAACAAGAGCACAAAGUAAUGAAAGAUUUCAUGGCUUUGCUCCUAGCUGGUCUGGCAGGCACUGCACAACUUACUAGGUGCACACUUCUUGCUUUGGCUGAUGUCACUCAUCAUUUCAAAGCUAAAUUCCCUAUGGAUCUCCUGGAAUUACUGUUACAAAAUGUUUGUGUCUUGGCAACUUCAUCUAGUCGGGAAGUUGCUGGGGCUGCCGUAAGUUUCCUCAAACAGGUUGUUUAUUCAUUCCCUACAACAACUGUGGGUCCAUUUGUUCCUACCAUUAUGAAAGCAAUUGUUACCAUGACGGAUGAUUGUAAGAAACACUUCCGUCGAGAAACCCAACACAUGCUUGAUCGCAUGAUACGUAGAUAUGGCUGUGACGCUAUUGAAAGACAAGUGCCUGGUAGUGAUCAAAUUAUGUUGAAGAGGAUUCGUAAUCUGAGGAAACUCCAUGCCAGGAAAGAACGUUUACGUGCAGAGAGGCUUAAAAAUAAAUUAGCGGUUGACGAUAGUGAAGAUGAGGACUUCACUAUCAAAGCACGGGCCAAAACCAUUGAAGAAAUUCUUGCUGAGAGUGAUGAUGAGCUCGAUCUUGAUCAAAAUGAAGCCUCAAAGGGAGGGAAAAAGAAAUCACAAGCUUGGAUUAAGGAAGAACCAGGAGAUAUUAUUGAUCUUGCAGAUUCUAUGGCUGCAAGUAAAAUAAGUGCAUCAAGGCCUAAUGUAGCCACUGGAUCAAAUGCUGCUAAGCAGUCAAAGAAGGUCAAAGACCGCGGUUUUAAAACUGCUGAAGAUGGGAGGCUUAUCAUUGAUGACAAAGGUAGUGAUGAUGAGGAAACUGAAGGAGAACGUAAAUUUAAAUCAAGUCGAAGGAUUCCAACUAUCUCAGAUUCAGAAUCAGAUGAGGACAUGGAUGCUGAUGGUAAUGACGAUGGUGAUGCUAAGAGCACCAAGAGUGGAGUCACUGCUAAAGGACGUAAACGUAAAUUGAGUAAUAGUGAUGCUCGCAGUACCACAACUGCUGGUCCAAACGAUAAGUAUAAAACUGGUGGGUCUGGUAUUCAUAGACCCGUUGGGAAAGCCAUGAGUGUAAAAAGUGGUGUUAGUGCUAAAACGGCCAAGAGUGGGAAAUCUACCACUUCCACUGCCUAUGGUGCUGAGUACCGCGCCAAGAAGGCCAGGGGUGAUGUGAAGAAGGGAGGAGCUCCAGAUCCAUACGCAUAUGUACCAUUAAACAGAGGAUUAUUAAAUAAGAGGAAAAGACUGAAGCAGGAAGGACAAUUCAAGGGUCUUGUCCGUGCGGCUCGCAAGGGGGCUGCUGCUGGCAGAGUGGCCAAGGUUCGAAAGACCCGAAAAUAGUUUAAGUAGUGUUUAUAGAAUAUGAAUUGAAUCAGUCAUACCGAUCAGACUCCAUGAAUAAAGCUUAAGACAGCAGGCUGUCUAUAUUUUCGUUGUAUACAACACCCAAUUUUGACAAGUCAGUUGGCUUUCAUCUAUUUUAUUUGCAUGUUGAUCCGGCUUCAAACCUUGUUUCUCUCAUUUGUUCUACAAGUCGUAGUAUUUUUAAAAUGUGUGAUUUUGAGAGUGGUUGUUGAGCUAUGAUUGACUUAAUAGCUCAACUUCUUCGAUUGUGAUGCUUAUUAUAUCUGAUUUGGAUAUUAAUGUGAAUCUAAUUGUUCUUAGAAUAAUAAAUCUGGAUGUGAUUGUCAUA